CCUGUAGCCGGAUUUCAUCACUCGCUUGGGAACAUUGAAGAAUCAGCCAGCUUCGUACAAAUCGCUGCAAUGGAAGGGACAGAUCAAAUUUCGGAACUGCCAGUGUCAAUUUUGGAGCACAUUCAGUCUUUACUUGUUGUUAAAGAUGCUCUGAACACUAGUACAUUGUCCAAGGCUUGGAACAGUGCUUGGGCUUCCCUCUCCUGCUUAAAUUUUGGUAAUGAUAUUUUCAGCAAGUCAAAAAACAUUGUGACUCGAAUUCUAGCAGAUCGGCAAAAGCAGAACAUCUCUAUACAAAGGUUCAUGGUAAAGUUACCAUAUGCUUCGUUAACCUCUAAUUAUGUGGAUAAUUGGAUUAAUAUACUGGUAGCCUGUAAUAUCAAAGAGUUGUCUAUAGAGGUUGAACGCACACACACUUACAUCAAGUUGCCUGAAGCAAUCUUUGCUUCCAAAGCUCUAAACGUGCUUCGUUUAGGCGGAUUUGAGCUCGAACUACCCUCUGAUGGCAUAAAAUUUUCAUCUUUGCGAGAGUUAUACCUCGCUGACUCGUUUUUGGACGAGCAAUUACUUCAAGCUCUAUGCGCAAGCUGUAGCGAUUUAGAAGUUUUGUCUUUAAGUGGAUUUCAUGGACCAAUCAGUUUACAAGUAGCAGGAACUUUACCUAAACUAAGGGCGGUAUAUUUGGAAGAUUGCCCAGAUCAAUUCCAGAUGGUUGAUAUUGCAGCACCUAAUCUUAAAGACCUUGAAAUUAGCUCCUUUUGUGAGGACCUACAUGUAAUUAAGAUAACUGCUUGCAAAUCCCUAAAGCAUUUGGAGCUCUUGACUGUUGAGGCUGUCACUGACCAAUGGUUAGAGGAGCUUCUUCCAAAUAUACCCAACCUUGAAAUCUUUCACUUAUCUUGUUGUUCGUCGUUGAAGACCGUGAAUAUCUCAAGUGAUCGGCUCAAGUAUUUCCAAGUAACUGCGUGCAAUAAUCUGAUUGAGGUUGAUCUAGAUACUCCUAACUUACUAGGAUUCUUAUCUGAUGUUCGUUAUGGAGAAGAUACUGUUGAUCCCUUGCCCGCAUUCAAUCUGAAAGCUUCAAAUCUGCUGGAAGCUUGUCUCUGUCUGAUCCCAGAAACCCUUGACAAUCCUUGGUACUCUAAGCUGAUAAAGUCUCUUGGUAAAUUUAAUAAUUGCAAUGCUAUCACUCUAUGCUGUGAGAAUGACAUGGAGAUAGUUAUACCAAAAGACAUGAGAGAGAACUUGCUUCCUCCACUUUACGAUGCUAAGUGUUUGCGUGUAACAAUUAUGAAUCCAUUGAAUCAUUUAGUUGUGGACGUUGUGGAUAGUUUGCUCUGGAUUUCUCCUCAACUGGACAGCCUAUAUUUUGGCUGUGGGACUGAAGACUUAAAGACCCUGAAGUUUACAUACAGAGAUGCAGCUGAUGAUGAAGAUGAGAAACCUUGUUGUGCAUUGCUGCCUUGGAAAUGUUGGAGGCAUGAACUAAAGAAAGUUAAAUUGAACAACUUUAUAUGUAUGGAGCUGCAGGAGUUGAGAAACUACCUUCUCACAAAUACAGAUAUAUUGGAGGAAAUAAUUGAAAUUCCACCAUAAAGGAGCCUUCUUACUAAUACAGAUAUAUUGGACAAGAUAAUUGAAGAUCCACCAUAAUUGAGCCUUCUUACUUCAUUUAAGUAGAUUUCCUUUAACUAAGUUUCCAUAGUUCCUUCUGUGAAUCUGUGUAGUUGCGUCUAGCUCAUGUUAUGCUUUGAAUAAAUUUGCCAUGUUAUUGUUUCUAAUUUCUUAUUGUUUUUUAUCCCCCUG